AUGACUAGUUCCUUAAAGAGCGAGACCAAACCUACAACUUGGGAUGACAAUUUGAAGGUCGUUCGAGCCUCAUUGCGCAAGGGGAUAUCACGAGUUCCCGUUAUUUGCACUGGGAUCACCCUGUUGGCGACUGCUUCGAGCGUUCGGUUCCAAUCAACGGCUACCAAUGCCCAAGCUGCUCCAGGUACUCAACCUACCACUACACAGAAGGCUAAAGGGCUCGCAAAAGAACAAGGGCUAAAGACCUUUAAUAAAACAGGUCCUAGAAGACAUAGAAAGGUCAGAGAUAUUUCCAACCAAAUUCGACAAUCUGUCUCCGAGUCAACAACAGACAUAACUGAAAGUAUUGAAAUGUUAGACGAAGGGUUAUCUUACUUGAGAGAAAUCCAAUUGUCAGAGAACAUUCCAGAAGACGAUAUAUAUUUUGGAUUUCAACCCAUCAUUAAUGAUUUGCUUACCAAGAUCACAAAAGAAGACGUAUCCACAGGUGACAAGUCCCUUGAAGAUGUGCUCAACCUUUUGAUUCAACACAAGGUGGUCCACAGAUGUCAUUUCUCCAAGAUAAUUAUCAAAACCUUGAAUGAUGCCCCAAAUGAUGAUAUGUUGAAUGUUUAUAAACAAGUCUUGAAUUACUGGGUGCAAUAUCUUCAAAUGACCAAGGAAAUAGGCGAACGUACUAUUGAUUGUAGAGGUAUGUGGAAUGAUUUAAGCAGAAUUCAUUUAAUCAAUUUGGUUUACUUCUCUAUUGUGCAAUCAUGUAUACUUCAAGAUACCAAGAUUGAUAUGGAAAUAGUUUACAAAGUCCUUGGUAAUAAGAGUGAGAUUGAGAACUAUCAUGUGGUCAACUCUUUAAAGAAGACAGGCUUAUUUGAAAAAUACGAUAAAGAUAUGCACAAGAUGACCUUGAUGGCUGACAAGUUGUAUAUGAACAAUUUGGACCCCAACCUGAAGGCUGUUUCGAAGAGAAUUUCUCAAUGUGUCAGAGAGAAGAACCCUCGGAAGUUAAAUGAUUUGACUAAAGAUUUGUUUGAAGUUUCAAAGUCUAAAAAUACACCCAUUUCAGAAUCUACAUUACAAGCUUUGAUGGGUGCUUAUUAUGAUAUGGAAGCGUAUGAGAAUGUUAUCUCCCUUUUCCAAGAUCUGGUGUAUAAUGGUCUUAAAAGUCCCAAGUUAUCAACUUGGAAUUACAUUCUUAGAACAUUGGGUAACCCUAAAUACUUAGCCAAGGUUUCCAGUGCACAAGCUACUUCCCUAUUUGAAACAUUUGAAUCUACUAUUAAAACUAUGAAAGCCCAUGGUCUUGCGUUUUCCCCAGCCACUAAAUCGGCUAUUAUUAGUUCGCUCGCUUCCUUUGGUAAAUUUGAUAAGUUGGAAGAGGCCCUAGAAGAGUACAAAGAUAUCCCUACAACUAAUGAUGCCAAGAAUGGUAUUUUGAGAGGCUACAUCGCUAGUGGAAGGGUGGUCGAAGCUGAAGAUAAAUUGAAAGAGUUUUUAGAAGAAGAUGAAAUGUUUGUUCCUAGUACCUAUUUAAUGAACUCCUUCUUGAACCAUUAUGCCAAUUCAGAAGACUACAAAGCUGUUGAGGGUAUUGCCAGUUUCAUGGCUGCUAACAAGGUUCCAGAUGAUGUGGCCACCAUCUCUAUUCUUGUGGAAAUCUUCUUUAAGGCUCAUAAGGAAAGAGGUCUCAUACCUGAUAUGGAGGAGCUUUUCACCUCGUUAGAUAAGUUCCAAACUAAGUUCAACGAUUAUGUUUACACUCAAUUAAUCGACGGUUUGGUCAAUAUGGGCGAUAUUGAAGGUGCCUCCAGAGUGUACCGUCAUGGUCUUAGAAAGUUACAAAUGAGAUCUAUUCCAAGAGCAUUGGGUAUUUUAAUGAGAGGUGAAAUUUCUAAUGGUAAUAUUCGUAAGGGAGAGGACUAUUUUGAAGAGAUCUUAAAAACAGGUUAUGGUUCUUCCAAGACAUGGAACACUCUUAUUAGAGAGUUGUUAAGAAAGAAUGAAGACGACCUUGCUCUUGUCUAUUUCAACAACAUGAAGGAAGCUGGUAAAUUGAAUAAGGAUCAUAUGCCAAACAUUUACACAUACUAUUUCUUGUUGGACUAUUAUGUCAAGAGAAAUUCAACCGUUAAAAUCCAACGUAUGAUUAAUGAGAUGUCCAACCUUAAAGUCCUUGGAAAUGAGUUGCCAAGGUUGUUGAACAAAUUGGCUACUGAAGGUUAUACUUUAAGCCCUGAAUUAAAAGUAUUAGUUGCUCAAAUAACUUCCACUUAG